CCAGAAAUCCGGAGGAGGGGCACCUGUCAAGGACAAUCAAUCCACUGGUGGGGAAGUAUCUCCAUUGCUCUUGCGACUGCCGUUAAUACGCUCUCCCUCCCACCUUCCUCGAAGCACAUACCACCCCGAUUCCCUUUUGUCGUAAUCUCAAGUGCAAAGACAAACUGCGACUCUGAACUCUUCUCCUCGUACCACCCAUCCAUCCAUACCAAGCUCCCAAAGUACCCCAGCUACCCAUACCAGACUCAAAAGCAUUACCACCGCAGUAAAUAAUGGCCUCACCACCAUCAUCCUGGCAAGAUCGCCGCUUCAUGUUCCCCGCCGGCAAGGAAGUCCACCAAGGUAGCCGCCGCUACUCAGGCAGCAAAGGCUCCGAAAGCGACAUGACACUUUCGCCAACUGUCUCAAAUACAGGUCCACCACCACCAGCUCCCACACCAGCUACGGAACUACCACCAGACCUCGAGCCCGCGAGUACCGGUCGGAUCCACCCACCAUGGGAAGGCGACAGACGCUUCAUGUUUCCUGCCGGGAAAGAAGUGCACCAGCCUACAGUCCGUCGUGGCUCACAGUCCAGCGAGAAAAGUGCCGACAACGCCGGUGCAAUCAGAACCUCCGCGUCACCACCUGCCUCAUCUGGAGGAGGUAUUGCGGCAGCCCUUGCGGGUAGACGACGGUCCUCCGCAUCGAACCAAGGCGUCUUCAGCGGCCUCAUGGGCACUCGCUCAGGUAAAGAACAUUACGACGAGCGCCGACAGGGCUGGGAGGACAUGAAGUCGCCGGGCGGCAUUGGUGGAUUCUUCAGCAAUCUAGUGAGUAAGCCUGCGGACAAGAAGUAAUGGAACAGAAUGAGACGCCUAUGAUGAAGUUAUGGGCCAUGACAUAAGUGUGGUCUGAAACCAACAAUGCUUGGUGAUUACUUUUCGCAUGGAUUACGACGGAAUGAAACAAGGUGCAAACGAGGCUCUACGAUUGUAUGAAGGGUGUAUGUAUUGAUAGUCUAGCAUCAAAUUGAUUCUCAACUUC